UUCUGUGGCCACCGCUGGUGCUACAACUUUCCCUUCAUCCCAGCCUCUCUCACGGGGGCGGGGAGAGCAGGGAGGGCCAGAGCAAAGUAAGUUGCUAGACUGAUCUGGAAAGGAACCAGUUUAAUCCCAACCAUCAAGAAAGGGGAAUUGCCAGCAAGGCAGAGAAAGCUUUCAGAGAUCAAACCCCAAAGGUUUAUUUGUAACCAUGAAGUCUGAAAAUCAGCCAGAAGACAAGAGGAUAGGAAAACUCAAACAAGAGGCAAACAUGCAGAAAAUGAAGGUAGCAGCUGAGGUGGAAGAAAAGACAAAAGAAGAAAAUGAGGCUCUUGUUGGGUUCUUCCAUUCCUAUCAGGAGCUUUUCCAGUUCUUCUGCAACAAUACCACAAUCCAUGGGGCCAUCCGGCUCGUAUGCUCCAAGAAAAACAGGAUGAAGACUGCUUUUUGGUCAAUCCUCUUCUUCUUCACUUUUGGUCUCAUGUACUGGCAGUUUGGAAUUAUCUAUAGAGAGUACUUCAGUUUUCCUGUCAACCUCAAUUUGAAUCUAAACUCUGAUAGGUUUACCUUCCCUGCUGUCACACUAUGCACUCUGAAUCCAUAUAGGUACAGCGCUCUUCAAAAUGAGCUGGCAGAACUGGAUCAUAUUACUCAAAAGACUCUGAUGGAUCUUUAUAAAUAUGAUAUGUCCCAGGGACAGAGCAACUGGAAGGCACAGUUCUCCCGGAAACGCAGCUCUCGGAGUCUGCACUAUCAUGUCGCUCGCCACUCAUUACACAGACACAAGCGUGACAGCCAGGCCAGCAUUGAGGACAACAAUACCCAAGUGGACAAGAAUGACUGGAAAAUUGCCUUCUCAGUGUGCAAUGAAAACAACACAGACUGUUUCAAGCAAAUGUACUCCUCGGGUGUGGAUGCUGUGCGGGAAUGGUAUAGUUUUCACUACAUCAACAUCCUGUCAAGGAUCCCUAAUGCCAAAAGCCUUGAUGAGUCUGACUUUGCAAGCUUCAUCUACGCUUGCCGUUUCAAUGAGGUGACAUGCGACAAAGCGAACUACACGCAUUUCCAUCACCCCAUUUAUGGGAACUGCUAUACAUUCAAUGCUAACAGUAGUAACCUUUGGAUGUCCUCCCUACCUGGUAUCAAUAAUGGCCUUUCUCUUGUUGUUCGCACAGAGCAAAAUGACUUUAUCCCACUGCUUUCCACUGUGACAGGGGCCCGAGUGAUGGUCCACAAUCAGAACGAACCGGCUUUCAUGGACGAGGGAGGCUUUAAUGUGCGCCCUGGUAUAGAAACAUCCAUCAGUAUGAGAAAGGAAACAACAAAUCGCCUUGGAGGCACUUACAGUGACUGCACAGAAGAUGGGAGUGAUGUGCCAGUGAAGAAUCUCUACACAUCCCGUUAUACUGAGCAGGUCUGCAUUCGUUCCUGUUUUCAGAUUAGCAUAGUGGAACGGUGCGGCUGUGGCCACUUUUUCUACCCUUUGCCUCCUGGAGCAGUUUAUUGUGACUAUGCUAAACACAAAGCUUGGGGUUACUGUUAUUACAAACUCCUGGCUGAAUUUAAGGCAGACUUACUGGGCUGUUUCACAAAAUGUCGGAAACCUUGCAAGGUGACGGAGUACCAGCUCUCAGCUGGCUAUUCACGCUGGCCUUCUACUGCAUCUGAGGCCUGGGUGUUCCACAUUCUCUCCCGGCAGAAUCAGUACAACAUCACAUCCAAAAGAAACGGAGUUGCCAAGGUGAAUAUCUUUUUUGAGCAGUGGAAUCAUAAAAGCAACGGGGAGUCUCCCGCUUUUACAGUGGUCACACUGCUUUCACAGCUGGGGAGUCAAUGGAGUCUUUGGUUUGGUUCAUCCGUCCUCUCAGUUGUAGAGCUCGCAGAACUGAUUUUGGAUUUUAUUGCCAUCACCUGCAUUCUGGCAUUCCACUGGCUGAAAAUGAAUCAAUCACCUGACCUUCCUAUUCCCACCAGCAACACCACUGAUACGUUUCAUGAGCAGUUGCCUCCUCUUGACACUCCACCACAAGCCUCUGUGGAUGCUGAUAUUAUUACACUGCCAUCCUACAAGAGCUUGGAGUCACUAGACCUACACAGAGUUUCCUCCCAGCAGACCGAGUGAGUUCUGGACCAACAUGGCUUGCAGCUCCAUUGAAGUACAUUAAAGCUGGAAGAUUUUGUGGCCAUGGACUCAAUUGGCCAGCUGUAUGUGCUGACCCCCAGUGAACAAAGAUGGUUCAAGAUCUUUUGUAAAGGUUGCAGUGUGGCAUUAUAGCACAGACCACACUCCGUGGAUUGGAAUCUCUAUUCUUCACCUGUGUUGUAUGCAAUCUGCUGUAGGAAACACCAGCACCACACUGAAGGAGAAAGCAAGGACACCCCAGGGUGUCCUCGUGCUUAGCACAUCCAAGCCACAAGCCCAGGUGAAUCCCAAAAGUAUCAUCUUACAUUUGGAACCAAACCACCGUCUCUCUGCUACUUGCAGAUGCACCAGGGAGCUUGUGGAAACAGGAAGGUAGUAUUAAAAGAGCUACAAUAGCAAGAAAACUUAACCAUGUAUUAUGGAGCUUAUGAAAAAAAUUAUAUUAAAUAUUUUAGUCUUUACAGUGAAGUGAACCUCUCAAGGGGAGAGGAGAUACCAUAUCUGAGCCAAAA